AGAGGCGACAGAAUAAACAGAGAGUCACUCCUCCUCUAUACCUUCCUAGGAAAAAAAUCAAUGCCUUUCUUCCUCGCCAGUUUAACUCCAUCUUAUAUUCUUAUGGAGUUGACUAUCAUUAUAAAAGGGGAUGUCAUAGGUGACAUCUCUUUUCUUUCAGUCUUGUUCACUAUUUUUUCAUCUCUGAAAUCUCUUUCUUUCAGUCUCUCCUAGUUUUCCAUCGAAUAAUGGCCGAGGCUUUGCUUUCUGCGGUGCUGGGGCAGCUGCUUUCCAUCACUACUGAGUUUACAGAACAAGAGCUGAGACAGGUGAAGAAUGUUGAAAAACGUGUCUCAAAUCUCAAAGAAAAGCUUAAGGACAUAAAACUUGUGCUGGAGGAUGCCGAAAGCAAACAACUGGAUAAUCCCAGUGUUAGACGUUGGUUGGGUAAGCUCAAAGAUGUCUCUUAUGCCAUCAACGACGUUUUGGACGACUGGAGCCAAGAAAUUCGCAAAUCCCAAAUUCCAAACCAUGUUGAAGAGGAAGAAGGUGAUCAUCAUCAAAAAGCUGAUCCUGUUUCAAACAAGAUGAUGAUGAUGAAGAAGAAGGUAUGUUUUCCAUCACUCUCUUGUUGCUUUUGUCUCAACCAACUUAAACAAGUUUGUGUUCACCGCAAAAUUGCUCACAGAAGCAAAGAGCUUAAUGAAACAUUAGAUGAGAUUGCCAAAGAGAAAGAUGCUUACUCUUUGGAAAAAACAAAUAAUGCUUCCCCAAAAGAGAGAAGAGAGACUACCUCAUUUGUUAAUGUGUCUGAUGUCGAUGGUCGGGAUGAGGAUAAGGAGAAGGUAAUAAAUAAGUUGUUAAGCGAUGAGAGCAGCGAUAAAGUUCCUGUUAUCAUCCCUAUUGUAGGGAUGGGGGGACUAGGGAAAACCACUCUUGCCCAACUCGUAUUCAAUCAUGAAAAGAUCGAAGCACACUUCAAUGAGAGAAUUUGGGUGUGUGUUUCUGACCCUUUUGAUGAGGUUAGAAUUGUCAGAGCAAUUCUUGAAUCUCUCAAACACGGUCAUCGUGAUUUAGAUACACUGCAAGCUUUAUCAGAUCGUAUUCGUGAAUCUAUUGAGGGGAAAAAAUUCCUUCUUGUCUUGGAUGAUGUAUGGAGUGAUGACCGCAAAAUAUGGGAAAAGUUAAUACAACCGCUUAGAUGUGGUGCUGUAGGAAGCAGAGUUUUGGUAACAACAAGAAAAACUGAAGUUGCUCAUAUGAUGGGAGUAACCUCGUCCCAAAUCAUUUACCUGGCUCAGCUGUCUGAAGACCACUGCUGGAAAAUAAUUAAGCGACUUGCGUUCGAGGGAAAAAAUGGUGAAGAGUUAAAACAACAAUUAGAGGAAGUUGGGAAGAAAAUUGCAAAAAAGUGCAAAGGCUUGCCUCUUGUAGCAAAGACCUUAGGAGGUUUGCUGUUUUCAAAGGAGACUUUGAGGGCGUGGGAGGAUGUUCUAUCUAGUAAACUCUGGGAAUUGCAAGAUGAACAAAGCAAAACUUUUGCUCCAUUCUUCCUGAGUUAUAAUGACUUGUCCCCUCGACAAAAGCGUUGUUUCUCAUAUUGUUCUGUAUUUCCUAAAGAUUUUGAGAUUGACAGAAGUAACUUGAUUGAAAUGUGGAUGUCACAGGGCUAUUUAAAUGGUAGUCGUCAAGAUAUGGAGAAAGAAGGUGAAAAAUGCUUUGAAAUUCUAACCAUGCGGUCUUUCUUUCAAGAUUUUGACAGAGAUGUUGAUGGAAACAUUUAUUCAUGCAAAAUGCACGACAUAUUGCAUGACUUUUCCCAAUUUUUGACGAAAAAUGAGUGCUCUGCCAUGAAAGUUGAUAUGGAAGAUAUAGAGCCUCUUAACGUUGAAAAAGUACGCCACUUCACAUUGCAAACACCUAAACAGGGCCGUGCCAAAUUUCCUACUUCAACAUUUCAUCAAAAUAAUUUGCAUACCCUGUUCCUAAUUUGUUCAGAUUAUGGUUUAGAUGAUGAUGAUGAUGAUGAUGUUGAUGAUUAUGAUAUGCUGGUCUUUCUUCGAAUAUGCUGUAAUCAAAAACAUCUUCGAACACUAUAUUUGGAGAACUUCACAAUUACAAAGGUUCCACGGCAACUUGGCCAGUUGAUACAUUUGAGAUACCUCAAUUUAUCUGAUAGCUACGGUUUGGAAGAAUUGCCUGAUGAAGUAUGUGAUUUAUGCAAUUUACAGACUUUAAGAAUUCGAGACUGUCAGCAUCUUCAAAGACUACCAAAAGGGAUGGGGAAACUAGUGAAUUUGAGACACCUUUACUGUUUUGGUUGUCGUAAUUUGAAGGGGUUGCCAAAAGGUAUAGGUAGACUAACUGAACUCCGGAUACUCGACAAUAUGAUUAUACCGGAGAACAAUGAAGCAUAUUUGAGCCUAGGAGAUUUGAAAAAGUUGAAUCACCUUCAAUCUCAUCAAACAGAUUUUGGGAUAUAUAAUUGUCAUAAUUUGAUAAGUAUGGGUGAGAAUAAGGAAAGAGUGCUGAUGAAUUGGAAAUAUCUUGCUGUUCUACGUCUAAGUUUUAAAAGGUGGGAUAGAGAAAUUUGUGAAGAUGAAUUUGGGAUACUUGAAAGCUUACAACCACAUCAAGGCUUGAAAAGGUUAUCGAUCUUCUUCUAUAGGGGUACCAAUUUAUGUCCCGAAUGGAUGGUGUCCUUGGUUCAUUUGAAGAUUCUAUCGUUUUAUAGUUGCCCGUACGUUGAGACAUUGCCUCCUUUGGGAAGCCUACCUUCACUUGAAGAGCUUUGUGUUUAUGAAUGCGAUAAAGUGAGAAAGAUAGGUGUUGAGUUUCUGGGAAAUAUUAAGCAUAAUAAUAAUAAUAAUAAUAAUAAUGUAUCAUUCCCAAAACUGAAACUCCUUGACUUUUUGGGGAUGGAAAACUGGGAAGAAUGGGAAGGCAAUAUUGAAACAACAGAGCAUACAGAUGAUGCAGCUGGUGGAGCAUUUAUUAUGCCGCGUCUCGAUUCCUUAGAAAUAAACUAUUGUCCCAUGCUUAAAUCACUACCAGAGUAUCUGAAACUGAUUCCAUUGAAAAAGUUGUCAAUCGCGGGCUUCGACAUGCUACUGCAAUCUCUGGCACAAUCAGAAAAGGAGUGGCUCAAGAUUUCUCACAUCCCAAACAUCGUAAUUAAUGGGAUCUUUGCGAUCAGGAGAGAUGGCAAAUGGAAUUACGAUGAAUUAGCAAGAUUCGGUGUUCCCAGAGCAUUUGUGCACGAUGGAAAUGACGAAGAUCCAUUUUGAUGGUAAUUUCAGAUCGUCCACCACCUGAACUGAAGAGGGAUAAUGUUGAUCAUUUCAAUGCGACUCAACAUUAUUGUUCAUGGUAUCUCAUAUUUAUUGAGAGGGUAACAAAGUAGUUGAUGCUCUUUCCAAGUUUGUUGCGUCUGCUCCAUCAAAUAACCGGUGGUUUCAACUUCCUAGUUUUUGUGCAUCCUUUUACCGUGAUAAUUUAUUGGGUGGUCAUUCUCAUAGGUUGUGACAUUAGUUGGAUCUGGUACUCUUUUUUCCUGUUGGGGUUUUUUCCCAUUGUGGUUUUUCCCAUUAGGGUUUUAACGAGGCCAGUCCAAAGGGCCAAUCUUCUAGAUUGAUGUAAUUUUUUGUUUUUUCGAAUUGUUUUCAUUUUCGCUUUGUAAUUUGUCACCUUUUCAUUUUUAAUAAUAUAGACUUGGUUUGUGUGUUGGUGUUGGGGGGUGCCAACAUGGUUGGGAUGCCCCUGCAUCUUCACGUUUCCUAGUUGUCUUUCUUUGUAUUUGUAGAUUUGACUUGAUUGUAAAACCAGUGAAAAUAUAUCUCAAAGUCCUUGAAAUCUUUUCGUAUUAUUAAUAUUA